CGUUCGGAUCGUCGCAAUCGGCUUCAGUUAGUCAGAGGACUUCAACGCGUGCGGUGCUACGUGCCUCCGAUGCAAGUUUUCUCCCCGGCGCGAUGGGAGUUGUUCGUUGAGGUGUAGGAUUUUUCGGCAAAGGUGACGAUCGUUGCUGGCGGCGGGCGUGAGGCGUGAGAAAAAAUCCCAUAUUUGUGGUGGCGUGUUUACGUUUUUGUGUAUCGGCUUGGGUGUGGGCCGCUGUGUAAAUGCACCGAAGAAGAUAUUCAAUCCUUAUCAACUGGAGAUCUCUGUGGAUAAAUCAUCGAGUGAAGCGAAGCACGAAAUAAAUCGCAAACCAGGAAUCUGGGAGUACACGAAGCGCAUCGAUGCGCUGAAAUGUUUGCAAGGAAGAAAAGUGCGGAUAUAUUAAAAAAAACAAAAUUUGGCUAUUGAUUGGAUCAUAUAACGUAAAUAGUGAUAAGCAUCUUCAUAUGUGCUGAAUACGACAGGUGUUUGAAUUGUUAGUGAGUGGAACGCAUAAAUUAGUGUUUGUAGAUUCUGAGGAUGAUGCACCAAGCAAGUAUGUCAGUGUGAUAUCGAAGGGAUUUGCGGUUUAAUGCCACUUACUGGAGAUGGAAUAACUCUGACGCACAUUCACGCCGCGAUGCUAAUUGGAGACUUCAAUAGCAAUUAUUUUCUUACCAAUAAGCUUCACAGUAUGACGACACCACCGUAAUGGAAACAGAAAGCAUUGUCAGUGAACCUCCGCCCGGCACGAGAGGAUUUCCGACUGAGAGAUCAGCAUCAAUGACCAUCAUAUCACCCCAGGGAAAAGCAAAUCACCAUCAAUUACUACAUCUCCAACCACAUCAGCCGCCGAGGGUGGCGCAGUUGGAAACACUGGAAGCCAAGAUGGCUAGUAUAGAAGUCUCGCUGAGCACCGCGACGCCGCGAAGAAGAAAAGGUACAUCGCUGGGAGGAGGCUCCCUUUCGGCUCGGUCGUCACCGCGACCGGACUCAGCCCCAGCCAGGGAAAUGCGGUCUGCCCUACAAGAUCGGGAAGCGGUAAUACAGAACUUGCGGCUGCAACUUGGCUUGGGAAAACUGCCGAGACCUACAGGGCCAGCAUUUGACGAUGUAGAACGACCAGCGGCCGAGCAGAAACUCGCGAAGCUGCGAACUGACGCGGACAAUAAAAAGGUUGCAAUAAGGAAUUUGAAAAGUGCAUUAGAUAAGCUGGAUAUCACCGACAACAUCGACAUUCGGAUCCGGCAAGCGGAAUUAGAGUACGCUUUGGGACGAGAGGAACUGCAGCUAUUGUCACUAGUAGAGGAAGCUAGAGCACUUCAGGCUAGGCUCGAAAAAUCAAAACCCGAAUCGAACUCGCUCUUUGGAAUGAUCCAGUCGGGAGUUAAUUUAACAUUGCACGGCGUGAAACCUAACCCCGGGCGAUGGAAUGCCAGUAUGAAAUCGGAUUUCCCCGGUUUCUGGGUCGAUUGGGCAUUGGAUGGGGAAGGCCUCCAUCGAGGUGAUCGAAUCAUUGAGGUAAAUGGUAAAGUCGUUCCAGGCAGGACGCGAGAAGAGCUGCAAAAGCUGAUGAGCACUUCGGGAAAAUGUGAGAUGGUAGUGCUGAGAAAAAAAUCUCUGCCAUUUUCACAGCAACAAUUGCAGCAGUCGCAGGCAGACAAUGUUCGAUUACAACAUCGGAUAUCUUACUUGGAAGAUCAAGUCAAAGAACUGCUUACGACAAGAGACAACAACACGGACAGUGGUAGUUCUCAAGCCAGUAUCAUCAAUGGUAGUGGAGGAGCUCAUGUGACAUCGAUUAGUAUUACCUCGCCGCCUUCUACUCCUCCUGACAACAAGCCACAAAUUUACCAAAGAGGAUCGUUUGUUACAACAAUCAUCGACGGGAAACCAUCUAAAAUUCCCCCAAACAGCGAAAGCCCAAAGACACAUCAAGGUCACGUGACCACAACAACUAUUAUUAAAGAAUGUGAUAAAAUUAACGGCGAAUUGACGAGCGGCAAUGUACUUAAACACAACCUCAGGAAUUCGAUGUCGUCUUCAAAAGUAUCCAUCAAUAGUGACAUGAGUAACAGUGCCGCCCAAUAUUAUCAAAAGAAAGAACGUGACAAAAGAGAGCGCGAAGCACGAAGACUGGAACGUGAGAGAUACAUGCAACAGUAUGGAUCCAAGCUACAAAGAAGUAUAAAUGACUUGGACGGCGACUCCGAUCGACGACAUUUACAUUACCACAGAUCUCAUGCUCGAAGCGUCGAAUAUCUCAAUGGGACGUCGGACAGGCGUAAGCUGACUCUACCGAACGACUCCAGUUCCCGGCGGGAAAUUCGAAGCGUCAAAAGCCUCGAUUUCGAGAGUGACAACAACGAGCACUACGCAUCGGAACCCUCCGGGCCCAUGCGAAUGAGACCAGCUCCACCAAAGAAACCCCUCCGAUUGUCACUGCAGCGAGCACAAAGUCUCCAAACGGUGGAUGGAAUUAUGAUAGAAACUACUGGUGACAAGAAAAGGGCUAUGAAACGAUCUCAUCGCAGCGGAAAGAACUCAGAUAUGUCAUCGCAGUACAUCGAGAAUAACGUUCCUCUCCAAACCGCUUCCCUCGGUCGACAGAAAUACAUUUGAAGUGUUUGUAUCGGUAUUCAAAAUUUACGUACUGAAAUUGCUCCAUCCAAUCAAAGCAAUAUUUAAAGGAUGUGCAUUAUGUCUUUGUAAUGAUUUUUUGAUAAAUAGUGUAUAUUCUUAUGAUAUUUAAUAAAUGGAAUAGCAUCUUCGAAA